AUGUCUGACAAUGCGACUCCUAAUUCGAGAAGAGAAAAAAGGAAGCUAAAAGGAAAUUGGUCAGAAAGUGGAAGUAUUGAAAUUCCUCGUCAAAAUGAACACUCGAGUAGACACCCAAAAAGCGGCGUGAAAAAAGAAAUGUCUUUAGCGUGUUCGUCGUUUUGGCUAGAAACGGAAGAAGUCGCCUUUAAAUUUAAAAUGGUUGAUAACUGA